AGAGGUAGGUAAAACUUCUAAUAUAUAUAAAUAGAAGCAUAUACAAAAUAGUUAUCAUAAUUAAUAAGUUGCAUAGAUAGGAAAAGAUUAAUAAUAGCCACAUAUAUUUAUCAUCCAAUAUCUAACCAUGAAGUACUGCAUGAUUGUAGUACUUUUAAUUAUUCUAUCACCAAACCCAAACGUUAAUGGUAGAAAGAGCAAAAGUAGUCAUCAUUUUGUGUUGGUUCAUGGUGCUGCUCAUGGAGGGUGGUGUUGGUACAAAGUGGCUACUCUCUUAAAAUCCACAGGUCACAAUGUCACAGCAAUAGAUCUCACAGCCUCAGGAAUCAACCCAAUACAAGUCAACCAAAUCAACGGUUCAGUGGUUGACUACAAUAAACCAUUGAUGGAUUUCAUGGGUACUCAUAAUAUUAACAAAGUGAUUUUAGUGGGCCAUAGUUUAGGUGGUCUCAGCAUAUCCCUUGCUAUGGAGAGUUUUCCUCAUAAAAUUUCAGCUGCAGUUUUUGUCUCUGCUUCUAUGCCUGGUCUUAACCUCACUUUUCUCAAUAUAUUCCAAGAGUUUUCAAGAAGAUCGGGUUCUUUUUUGGAUUCAAAAUUCAUAUUUGGGAAUGGUCCUAAUAACCCAGCAACAGCUUUAGUUUUUGGGCCUAAUUAUUUGGCAACAAAGAUGUACCAGCUUUCUCCACCAGAGGAUUUGGUUCUUGCUGGGUCAUUAAUGAGGGCUUGGCCUUUGUUUAAUAAUGAGUUGGUGAUGAAACAAGUAAAACUGAGUAAGGAAAGGUAUGGAUCAGUUGAUAGAGUUUUUAUUGUGUGUGAUCAAGACUUAACAGCCGAUGAGAGUUUUCAAAGGUGGAUGAUUGAGAGGAACCCACCUCACCAAGUCAAACUCAUUAAUGGGACUGAUCAUAUGGUUAUGAUCUCUAAACCACUUAAUCUCUUUACUCACCUUUUGGAGAUUGCAGAAACAUAUUAUUAAGUUUUAAUUUAAAUAUAAAUAUAAUUGCUUCAAAUAUUUAUGUAAUAUUAAUACUAUUGUUAAUACUUGAAAUGAAAUAAUUGAUAGAUAUCUAUGUUUUAUGUUGUUGUGUGUGUUUGAAAUAAUAAUAAAUAGAAGAAAUUAUAUUAUAUACUCAUUAUAUUUUAUAUAUAUUUUUAUUUUAUUUUUAUAUUCUUUAAGAUAUA